AUGUGCGGCUGCAUGAGAGUCCUCCGCAUUGGCAAGCCGAUACCUAAAUUAUGGCAACGAAGACUCUUUUGUUCCUCUUCAACACCGCCGCCCGUCCAAGGAGUUCCUUAUACAAAACUAAGUGUUGGAGUUCCAAAAGAAAUAUGGCAAGACGAAAGAAGGGUCGCCAUAGUACCUGCAGUAGUUAGUAAAUUAGUUAAAAAGGGAUUUAGUGUUAAUGUAGAAGAAAACGCUGGUUCGUUAGCCAAUUUUCCGAAUAAAAUAUACGAAGAGGCUGGCGCGAAUAUUACCAGUUUAAAGGACACGUUCCAGUCAAAUAUAAUUUUAAAAGUUCGACCUUUAGCUGAAAAUGAAGUUCAACAUGUACCCGAUAAAUCGACGCUCAUAUCAUUUUUAUAUCCGGCACAAAACCAAAGUCUGAUUCAAAAACUUGCUAAUAAAAAGGUGAAUGCUUUUGCCAUGGACUGCAUUCCUCGUAUAAGCCGCGCGCAGGUGUUCGACGCGCUAAGCUCGAUGGCGAACGUGGCAGGUUAUCGCGCUGUAAUCGAAGCAGCCGCGCAUUUUCCGCGCUUUUUUGCCGGUCAGAUGACGGCGGCGGGCCGCGUGCCUCCUUGCCGCGUGCUGGUGGUGGGCGGCGGCGUGGCGGGGCUGGCGGCGGCGGCGCAGGCGCGCUGCAUGGGCGCCGCCGUGCGCGCCUUCGACACGCGCCCCGCCGUGCGGGAGCAGAUCGAGAGUCUGGGCGCGCACUUCAUCACCAUGGACAAUAAGGAAGAAGGAGCUGGUGCGGGCGGGUACGCCAAGGAAAUGAGCGAGGAGUUCCUUACCGCUGAACGAGCGCUAUUGGGUAAAGAAGCCAGGGCGUCCGACGUGGUCAUCAGCACAGCUCUCAUACCCGGGAAACCUGCUCCUCUUCUCAUUUUAGAGGAUGCAGUUCGGGACAUGGCCCCCGGCAGCGUGAUAGUGGACUUAGCCGCAGAGAUGGGCGGCAACGUGCAGACCACCACGAGGGGCAAGAUAACAAAGGUCCAUGACGUCACGCACAUCGGUCUCACCGACCUACCUAGCAGGAUGCCCGCCCACGCUUCCACGCUUUAUGCCAAUAAUAUUUCCGCUUUUCUCUUCAGUUUAGGUAAUAACGAUCACUUCAACAUCGACCUCGAGGACGAGGUGACGCGGGGAGCCAUCGUGCUCAAGGAGGGAGAGUUGCUGUGGCCCGCGCCCCCUCCCGCGCAGCCCGCCGCCCCCGCCAGCCCGGCACCCGCUAGAGCGACCCCAGCUACUGUCGACCCGCUUAACCCCUUCAAUGAAACACUGAAGGACACAUUCCUCUAUUCCACAGGUUUAGCUAGUUUAAUUGGUCUUGGAAUAGCGUCACCGAAUCCAGCGUUUACAACUAUGACGACAACUUUGGCUCUAUCAGGCGUGGUGGGCUACCACACGGUGUGGGGGGUGGUGCCGGCGCUGCACUCGCCGCUCAUGUCCGUGACCAACGCGGUGUCGGGCAUCACGGCGGUGGGCGGGCUGCUGCUCAUGGGCGGCGGCUACGUGCCCGAGACGCCUGUACAGUGGUUGGCCAGCACCGCAGCACUUAUCUCAUUUGUGAAUGUUUUUGGAGGAUUCCUGGUUACACAACGUAUGUUGGACAUGUUCAAAAGGCCAGGUGAUCCCCCGGAGUACGGAUAUUUAUACAGCAUCCCAGCUGCCGCGCUUCUCGGAGGGUACUUGACAACUGCAAUGCAGGGAUACCCUGAGGUACACCAAAUGGCUUACCUCGCGUCUUCGUUAUGUUGCGUGGGCGCUUUGGCCGGCCUUAGCUCACAGACUACAGCUAGGAAAGGAAACUAUCUUGGAAUGAUCGGUGUGUCUGGAGGUAUAGCGGCCACCUUAGGUCUUUUAACACCAAGUGCUGAAGUGUUGGCUCAAAUGAUUGGUGUGGCGGGUAUUGGAGGACUCAUUGGUGGCACCAUCGCUAAAAAGAUCGAGAUUACUGACUUACCUCAACUUGUGGCUGGCUUCCACAGUUUGGUGGGCAUGGCAGCCGUGCUAACGUGCAUAGCAACAUACAUGCACGACUUCCCCGCGAUGGCUCUGGACCCUACCGCCGCUACUCUCAAGACUUCGCUCUUCCUCGGAACAUACAUUGGCGGUAUCACAUUCACAGGGUCACUAGUAGCGUACGGCAAGCUCCAAGGCGUGUUGUCGUCGGCUCCGCUGCUGCUGCCAGGGCGGCACGCGAUCAACGCGGGCCUGUUGGCGGGCUCGCUGGGCUGCGGGGCCGCCCUGCUUGCGUUUCCUGACGCGCCCGGCCUGCCGCUGUUGGCGGCCGCCGCGGUCCUUAGCGGCGUACAGGGCCUCACUCUAACUGCUGCUAUUGGAGGUGCGGACAUGCCCGUCGUAAUAACAGUCCUGAACAGCUACUCCGGGUGGGCGCUGUGCGCGGAAGGCUUCAUGUUAAACAACUCCCUGAUGACUAUCGUGGGGGCGCUCAUUGGUAGCUCGGGAGCUAUUCUUUCUUACAUCAUGUGCAAGGCGAUGAACCGCUCGCUGCCCAACGUGAUCCUGGGCGGCUACGGCGUGACCGGCGGCGGCUCGGCGCGCCCGGCCGGCGCCGCGCACACCGAGCUCAACGUCGACUCCGUGGCCGAGCUCAUCCACCGCGCCAACUCCAUCAUCAUCACUCCCGGUUACGGUUUGUGCGUAGCGAAAGCACAAUAUCCCAUCGCUGAGCUGGUAAACGUUCUUAAAGGAAUAGGAAAGAAAGUGAGAUUUGCCAUUCAUCCUGUUGCUGGACGUAUGCCCGGUCAAUUGAACGUAUUGCUCGCUGAAGCAGGCGUGCCGUACGACGAUGUCUUCGAAAUGGAAGAAAUAAACGACGAAUUCUCUGAAACUGACUUAGUUUUGGUUAUUGGUGCCAAUGACACCGUGAAUAGCGCGGCUGAAGACGACCCCGAUUCUCCCAUUGCUGGAAUGCCCGUACUUAAAGUAUGGAAGGCUGAUCAGGUGGUAGUAAUGAAGAGAUCUAUGGGCGUCGGGUAUGCCGCUGUGGACAAUCCUAUCUUCUACAACCCCAACACUGCCAUGUUGUUGGGAGACGCCAAGAAGACCUGCGACGCUCUACUUGAUAAAAUAAAACAUCUCACCGCUUAAAUUUAGACUACUGAGAAAAUUAAUUAAAGAUUUUAUACGAAAAUUUUACGAACCAAUCCUUAUUUAAUCUAUGUUAUAAAAAGAGCUAGAACGUUUUUUAUCUCAACGAUUUUUUAUCUUUUAUAUUGGAUGAUGACAUGGAUAGAUUUUUUUUUAAUAAUAAUAAGUAUAGGUACUAACAUCUUAUGCGAUCUUACCUGCAUUGAGUUAUGAUACUAGGUAGAUUGAUUGUCAUGAUUCUUGCUGCUCAACUCCUUAGUUAUUCUAGCCUGAGGCUCUUAAUAAACUUAAAUUUCAUUAUUUUAACUGGAAAGUUUAAUGAGCAGCAGAUCUUGCGAUUGGUUUAUUUAAACAAAGUGUACAUCUUUAUUUUAUUGAAGGAUCUGUAUCAAAUAGAUGUUUGAAAACUGCA